ACACCCCGCAGAUUCUGCCAUGUGGCUUCUCUCUCCUCUACAGCUCACUUCCCUUCCCUCUCUCUAAAAAAACCAGACCUUCAAUGUCAUUGCUGUGAUUCUCAUAAAGAGUCCAGUGUCCGAAUCCUUCUUCCUCUUGUCUUUUUGAUUUAUUUUCUUUUAAAUAAAAGUUUAGAUUUUUUUUUUUUGGGCUGUAACCGGAGAAGAAGGAGAUUAUGGGAGGUUGUACCUCCAAGCCUUCCACCUCCGUGAAACCCAAUCCUUACGCACCCAAAGACACCCUCCCCCAAAAUGACGAAUCUACCCCUGCCCGCACCUCGGCCGCCGUAAAGGCCUCUCCUUUCUUCCCCUUCUACACUCCAAGCCCCGCCAAGCACCGCCGCAACAAGAGCCACCGCGACGAAGGCGGAGAAGAGAGCAAGAGCGUCACCAGCACUCCGCUCCGCCAGCUCGCGCGUGCUUUCCACCCUCCUUCUCCGGCGAAACACAUACGGGAUGCUCUGCGAAGGAGGAAGGAGAAGAAGGAGGCUGCUCUACCGGCGGUGAGGCAGCAAGAGGAGGAGGAGAGAGAGGAGGUGGGGCUGGACAAGAGGUUCGGAUUCGCCAAGGAUUUUAAGAGUAGGAUGGAGUUGGGUGAAGAGAUUGGGAGAGGGCAUUUUGGGUAUACUUGCUCUGCUAAGUUCAAGAGAGGAGAGUUUAAGGAUCAUGAGGUUGCUGUUAAAGUCAUCCCUAAAUCUAAGAUGACAACUGCAAUAUCUAUAGAGGAUGUGAGGAGAGAAGUAAAAAUCCUACGGGCCUUGUCUGGACAUAACAAUCUGGUGCAAUUCUAUGAUGCUUUCGAGGACAAUGCCAACGUCUACAUUGUUAUGGAGUUAUGUGGAGGUGGUGAACUCCUUGACAGAAUACUAGCAAGGGGAGGAAAAUACUCUGAAGAUGAUGCAAAAGCAGUGCUUAUACAGAUCCUUAACGUCGUAGCUUUCUGUCAUCUCCAAGGAGUUGUCCAUCGAGAUCUAAAACCAGAGAACUUCUUGUACACUUCCAUGGAGGAGAACUCUCAGUUAAAAGUCAUAGACUUCGGUUUAUCAGACUUUGUCAGACCAGACGAACGACUAAACGAUAUAGUUGGCAGUGCGUAUUACGUAGCACCUGAAGUUCUACACAGAUCUUACACCACUGAAGCAGAUGUAUGGAGCAUAGGAGUAAUAGCUUACAUUCUCCUAUGUGGUAGCCGUCCCUUUUGGGCAAGAACCGAAUCAGGAAUCUUCAGAGCAGUUCUUAAAGCUGAUCCUAGUUUUGAUGAACCUCCUUGGCCUUCAUUGUCCUCGGAAGCAAAAGAUUUUGUUAAGCGGCUCUUGUAUAAAGAUCCUCGGAAAAGAAUGACUGCCUCUCAAGCUUUAAUGCAUCCUUGGAUCUCUGGUUGUAAGAAGAUGAAUAUCCCUUUUGAUAUUCUCAUCUUCAGGCAGAUCAAAGCUUACUUGAAAUCUUCUUCUUUGCGUAAAGCUGCUUUGAUGGCUCUGUCCAAGACGCUAAUUACAGAUGAGCUUCUUUAUCUGAAAGCACAGUUUGCAAUCUUAGCACCCAACAAAAAUGGCCUCAUCACUUUGGAUAACAUCAGAACGGCACUCGCUACAAAUGCAACAGAAGCGAUGAAGGAGUCACGCAUCCCAGACUUUCUUGCAUUGUUAAAUGGACUACAAUACAGAGGAAUGGAUUUUGAAGAGUUUUGUGCAGCUUCCAUUAGUGUUCAUCAGCAUGAGUCUCUUGAUUGUUGGGAGCAGAGCGUUCGCCAUGCUUAUGAGCUUUUUGAUAUGAAUGGAAACCGAGUUAUUGUCAUUGAAGAACUUGCUUCUGAGCUCGGCGUUGGAUCAUCAAUCCCAGUCCACACCAUUCUACAUGAUUGGAUAAGGCACAGUGAUGGGAAGCUGAGCUUCUUAGGUUUUGUCAAAUUGUUGCGCGGUGUAUCUACUCGUCAGCCUUUAGCGAAGACACGGUGAAAGAAGGUAACUUGGUGUUAUAGCAGAGGUGAAAGAGGAUGAUGAACAUACCACACACAGCUCAUGGAUGUCAAGAACAAUUUUAUAUUGUCAAAAAAAAAAGAAAUCUAAAUUUCCUAUAAAGGAAAAAAAAGUAUCAAAAUAUUAGACAAUGCCUGAAAAGUUGUAAUGAGAUGACGUUAAACUGAACACUUUCUUCUCUAAUGUUUUUUGAUCUAAA